CCGGCACCUUCUCCUCACCGGUUCGACCAAUUAAUAAUACAUGAGGAUGCGGGCCGUGGUAGUGCUGGCCUUGGCGUUGGUGCUGGGCCUCGUCGUCGUGGGGCCGUCGGAGUCGGCGACGUGCAACCCCCUUGAUUUGAUCCCGUGCUCAGCGGCGGUUCUGUCUGGGGCCCAGCCGUCGCCGUCGUGCUGCGCCAAGCUGAAGGAACAGAGGCCGUGCUUUUGCCAGUACAGCAAGAACCCCAGCUUGAAGCAGUACGUCAACUCCGGCAACGGCAAGAAGACGCUCGCCACCUGCGGCGUCGCCGUCCCCUCUUGCUGAACUGCCUGAUGCCUGUGAUUUCCUCUGGGAGGAUGAGAAAUCUUAAUUCCAGCAUAUCACGUUCGGCACAAGUUCUAGAUAAAUAAUCUAGAUUAUUAAUAUUUCUGUGUGGCAAUUAAGUUCUAAAUUCAAUAAAAUUUGGCAUAAUAAUUAUA